UCGUCAUCAUCAUCAUCGUCGUCGUCGUCAGCUCUUCCUGCUUCAGUCGGUCAGAUGUGACUCCACCACUGAGAGAAGAAGUCGGAGAACGAGUGUCUUUCUUCUGAGAGGAUACUUUGGCUCACGCGCUCCGGACUUUUCUCUGCCGGUGCCGGCGCGCGCCGCUCCAUGGAUCCGCUGUCGGAGUUCGUUCGAGGAGAAAAGUUCUGGGCGUGAACAGAACCUCGGCUCGGAAGAAGCCAGGUUUCCGCCGGCUGGGCUUUUGGGUGCGCUGCUCGUGCGCUCUGUACGCGAGGAUCUACUGGUUUUCUUUGCGCUUUUCCCGCUGUUCGCCGUCUGCGUCAUGACUUCUAGCUAUGCGCAUGUAAUGGACAGGCAAGCAACGAUACCGAACCGCCUGGAGAGCCCGAUCACGUCGAACCUGGACAACCUGCAAGCCAAAAAGAACUUCUCGGUCAGCCACCUGUUGGACCUGGAGGAGGCCGGGGAGAUGGUCGGUAGCCAGGCCGACGAGAGCGUGGCAGAAGCGGGGAGGAGUAUGCUGGAGUCUCCGGGACUGACCAGCGGGAGCGACACCACCCAGCAGGAAAAUGAACAGAUGAACACGGAGGAGAAAAAGAAGAGGAAGCAGCGCAGGAACAGGACUACCUUCAACAGCAGCCAGCUCCAGGCGCUGGAGAGAGUGUUCGAAAGAACUCACUACCCCGAUGCCUUCGUCCGGGAGGACCUCGCCCGCAGGGUCAACCUCACCGAGGCCAGGGUACAGGUUUGGUUUCAGAACAGAAGAGCUAAAUUUCGCCGGAAUGAGCGUGCGAUGCUGGCCAGCAAAAACGCCUCACUGCUGAAGUCCUACUCGGGGGACGUGACGGCGGUGGAGCAGCCAAUCGUACCACGCCCAGCGCCCCGCCCCAAUGACUACCUGUCCUGGGGCAACGCCGCCCCCUACAGUGCCAUGGCAACGUACCCGCCCACCUGCUCCAACACCAACACGUCCCAGGGGAUGAACAUGGCCAACAGCAUUGCCAACCUGAGGCUGAAAGCCAAAGAGUACAGCCUGAACCAGGUGCCCACGGUCAACUGAUGCCAGCUGGACGCCGUCUCCGGGACCGGCACAGGCGGCCGCUCGCACGCCCUCACCUGACCCGGAGCCUCCUCCAUUACCCAGCACACAAUUGGACGCCAAGUGAUGGGAAGAGUUUUCCCACGCUGCCCUUUUCCUCC